AUGAUGGAGGAAGUGAAGCUCUUUCCUAGAAGCGACAGUUGGGCCGAUGACGAAUUCAAACUGUUCAAAAUACUGUUCAUGAGACAAUACAGCCCUCUGCUGCCAGGUGACUGGCAGAUGAGCUUCAGAGGCAUCCCAAUUCCCGAUAUUCUAUUUGCCAGCUCCGUUGCACACCCACCCAUCAUCAACACGCGGUCCGGCAACGAUUUCAAAGCGACGAAAGCUUUGGCUCGCCUCAUUGACCUGACGAGAGAGGUUCGAGGCUUGGCUCAGACAGGCCGAAGGCACAGAGCGAGCGCGCUGAUCACGAAGAGACUCCAGGAGUACGCCAAGUGGGCUGAGCACGACGGAGAGUACGACACACUUGAUUACGUGCCGAACAUCAUUAUCGACGCCGUCGACACGUCUCAGACGCCGCAGGCAAUUGAGGAGCACAUGCAGAACCGGCUAAGAAUCGCCGCCGCAAGUCAACGCGCUCACUGGAGAGCUGAACGGGCACCUGAAAGCGGUCAUGAGGAGAAGGAAGAGAAUGGGUACGCGUCAGAAGUCGACCCCGAGGAGGCUGAGCCCGAGGACAACAGGAUUGUUCUUGUGCCGGACAAGUACCCGACGCCGUCACCGCAAAAGGCCGACUCGCCUCCGUCGACCCCGCAUCGAAACGGGAUCAACGGCGAUGGCAUCAGCGAGCAUAGCAGCCCGAGCGAAAACUCCGAGAGCGCCGAGCAGCCGGACGAACUCUGGGCCGGCGAGUAUACGCGGCGCCCACCUGUCAUUUACGGACUGUUCGUUGUCAACACAUCGGUCAUGGUGCUCACUAUUGACUCGGCAAAGGAACAGGACGCUGCUGGGAGUUACCAGGUGGAAGUCGGCUUCAGCAAACGUGGCCAGGACGUGUGGAACGCGAUCACCAUUGCCAUCGUUGUCUGUCUGGCCAGGGACACCAUCGUGGAAAUGAGGAAGAACUUUGAGACUUCGGUUUUGGACGAGUCGAGCGACCCUGACGCUUGA